AUGCCUGUGAAGGACUUCCUUCACCCCGGGCUCUGUGCCAAUACUAAGCUUUUGGAUGAUGGCACUCAAUUUUCGUGUCAGGAAAAUGCCGACAAAGGAUGUGGUGGAUGCCAUUUGGUUCAGUAUUGCAGCAAGGACUGUCAAGCUGCUCACUGGGCACAACACAAACUUUUCUGCAAGUCUCCUCUAGGAAAAGCGACAUGGAGGCCAGCAUGGGCGGUUGAGAGGCGUCCCCCAGCUUUUGAUGAACCCGGCGUGUCUUCUGGUGCAGGCUCUGCCAGUCAAAAUUACUUUGGCCGCCCAGAUAGGAAGGAAAAUCUUCUCGGGGAUAUGCCGGCAUUGGAUUUGCUGAACUUGGAGAGGAACGAGGGGAGCCAUGCAUCUCAAGAUCUUAGCGUGCUUUCCGCUGCAUCGGGCGACAUACGCAACGUCGUAAAGACUAUCGUUGACGUUCCUAAUACUUAUACCGGGACAUUGACGUUCGUUGUGAACGAUUCCAACUUCGACGUUGUGGCCAGAAAUGCAAUCCUGCUUCUCACGGCUUUCAAUCUUCCACCUGAAGAAGCGACGCCGAUCAUGCUCCAUUUGUGGUAUUCUGCUUUCAUCCCGGCGGAGAUCUUGGAAGCGGUACAGGAAAAGCUGCUGCCACUCGUUGACCAUGUGUGCAGAAAAAUACGUAAGCGUCCAAACAAUGAAUUCUCAAUGAUUUGGAGGCGCGGCCAAUGUUCGCUGCGUCUAGUCUUGCAGAAGGGCAAAUGGUUUCGGCUGCGUCAGUUUUUCAAGGUCCCGGACAAUAUGUCGGUGGAGAAAGCUAUGGGCAUUCGUCAGGAUACAACAAUGGCUAUCCACAAAUUGGAUUCCGCUCAGCGUGUAUACUACUCCAACCCACCGUUCUGGCGCGUCUCGAAGUUGAAGUUCCGCGAGGAUGGUAUUGUGCUGCCCUUUGGCUCAUGUCGUGCAAAGUUUAAUACUCCAAAUCCGACGCUGUUCUUCGAGAGCAAAGGCUGGCUUCUGCCAGAUGUUGCCGACCCUCUGGAGGGCUGGUGUCUUGAGGACAUCUUGGUAAAGACUCCCCUGGCGAAAAAUGACCUCUAUGGCGCUCUUUUCUUUUAUCUGAGGGAUAUCAUUUUCAAAUUUUGUCGUCGCGUUUCGGCUAUGGAGUGUCAUAUCGAUCUCUUCCAAGUCAGAGCGGCAUACCUUCCGGCCAUGGCUGGAGGGCCAAUAUUUGAUAGGAUUGAGCUUUCCAACCUCGCCGACAAAGAAUACUAUGGGAUCGGACACUGCAUCGGUGCGUUUGGUGUCAUGCUCAAAGAGAAAUCUAAGAAUCCGCAUGCAACCAUGUUGACUCUAUUCAUGAACGCGGUCGACGGCAAGCCAAAGCCUAACAACGUGACCAAGAACAGUCUUGUCAAGAAGGCAAAUUUGGAGCGAUAUAUUCCAGGAAUCUCAGAGCUGAAGCUCUCCCCAUCUCCGUACGAUCCGGACAAGUUCAAGAUCGUAGAGGGUCUAGCGCUUCUGCGGAAUCCAGAAGGGCAGUUUCAUCGAUACAUGCAGGUUAUGGAGUUCUCGAAGUUGAGCGAGGCUUUCGAGAUGGGGAUCAAGGGGGUUAAUACCAUAGCGCCCAAGUGGCCUCUGCGGCUUCGAGAGAAUGCUACGAAGGCAGAGUUUGAUGUGUUGCUGGCAUCUGCGAAGAACGGCACACCGCGGUACGUGGAGUGGACUCAGGCGAAGUAA